AGGGGAUAGCAGAGCGGCGGCGGCGACGACGGCCAUCUUAGAGCUACCGUGGUAACCGACACUCAUCUUCUGGAUUUUAUUUUUCUUGUUGGAGAAACAUCCCGCCUGACUGACGAGGGAAGAAGAAGGUUGUUUUUUACUUCGCCGCGGUUGAACUUGAAGUCGGGAUGCGGUUCCGAGGGAAUACACCAUUUGCAUCCGCUGUCGGACUGGUCCUCGGACUAUUAUGUGCGGUGGAGGCAGCUAAAGUAAAUAAGCACAAGCCAUGGAUCGAGACGACGUACCAUGGGAUUGUAACGGAAAACGAUGACAAAGUACUUCUGGACCCUCCUCUAAUUGCACUGGACAAGGAUGCUCCUCUACGCUAUGCAGAGAGUUUUGAGGUGACCCUCACUGAAGAAGGUGAGAUUUGCGGCUUCAGGAUCCACGGGCAGAAUGUCCCCUUUGAGGCAGUGGUCCUGGACAAGUCCACUGGUGAGGGGGUCAUCCGGGCCAAAGACAAGCUGGACUGUGAGCUGCAGAAGGAGCACACCUUCACCAUCCAAGCCUACGACUGCGGAGAGGGUCCUGAUGGUGCCAACAUGAAAAAAUCCCACAAGGCCACUGUCCACAUCCAGGUGAACGACAUCAAUGAGUAUUCACCAGUGUUCAAGGAGAAGUCCUACAAGGCCACUGUCAUUGAGGGGAAGAAGUACGACAGCAUCCUGAAGGUGGAAGCGGUUGACGCAGACUGCUCUUUCCAAUUUAGCCAAAUCUGCAACUACGAGAUCGUCACUCCUGAUGUACCCUUCACCGUCGACAAAGAUGGCUUUAUCAAGAACACAGAGAAACUGAGCUAUGGCAAAGAACGCAUGUACAAGCUGACUGUGACCGCCUACGACUGUGGAAAGAACCGUGCCUCCGAGGACGUUCUAGUCAAGAUCAGCGUCAAGCCCACCUGCAAACCCAGCUGGCAAGGCUUCAAUAAGAGGAUUGAAUACGAGCCUGGAACAGGUAGCCUGGCCCUUUUCCCCAGCAUGCACUUGGAGACAUGUGAUGAGCCAAUCACAUCCAUCCGAGCCAAUAUCGAACUGGAAACCAACCACAUUGGGAAGGGCUGCGACCGUGACACCUACUCUGAGAAGUCACUGCACAAGCUGUGCGGAGCCAGCUCUGGCACCGUGGAGCUCCUGCCUGCACCCAGCAGCUCCGCCAACUGGACAGUAGGGUUGCCCACCGAUAACGGACACGACAGCGACCAGGUGUUUGAAUUCAAUGGCACCCAGGCCAUCAAGGUUCCUGAUGGCAUGGUGAGCACCAACCUGAAGGAGCCCUUCACCAUCUCCGUGUGGAUGAGACACGGCCCCGGGGCCCAUGAGAAGGAGACAAUCCUCUGCAACUCUGACAAGACAGACAUGAACAGACACCACUACUCGCUGUACGUCCACAACUGCAGGCUGAUCCUCCUCCUCCGCCAGGAUCCAUCGGAGGCUGAGAACUACAAGCCAGCCGAGUUUCACUGGAAGCUUGACCAGGUGUGUGACAAAGAAUGGCACCACUAUGUGCUGAAUGUGGAGUUCCCCACUGUGUCUCUGUUUGUGGAUGGAACCACCUUUGAGCCUUUCCUUGUUACAGAGGACUACCCACUGCACUCCUCCAAAAUAGAAACUCAGCUCACCAUUGGUGCCUGCUGGCAAGACAACUCAGGACAUGACAAUGACACUGAGUCAGUCUCUGAGCCCACCUCAGGUGGAAAUGCUCGAAUGGCCCAGUUUUUCCGGGGGAACCUGGCGGGGCUGAUGAUCCGCUCUGGCAAGCUGGAGAACAAGAAGGUGAUCGACUGCUUGUACACCUGCAAGGAAGGACUGGACGUGCAGCUGCCUGAGGAGGUAGCUUCAGCUGUCAAGGUUGAGUUCAACCCCAACCAGUCCUCUCUGACUGUGGAGGGCGAUGACAUUGACGCCUUUGACAAGGUCAUGCAGCACAUCUCCUACCUGAACUCCCGCCAGUUCCCAACCCCAGGCAUCAGGCACCUUCGCAUCUCCACCACCGUCAAAUGCUUCAACGAGGAGUCCUGCGUGACAGUGCCAGAUGCCGAAGGUUAUGUGAUGGUGCUGCAGCCUGAGGAGCCAAAGAUCAGCCUGAGCGGCAUCGACCACUUUGCCCGCAGCGCUGCCGAAUUUGAGAGUCAAGAAGGUGUGACACUGUUCCCCGAGCUACGCAUCGUGAGCACCAUCACCCGCGAAGUGGAGGCCGACACUGAGUCUGAAGCCGCAGAGGGAGCUGAUGACGACCCUACGGUCCAAGAGACAGUGGUGUCAGAAGAGAUCAUGCAUAACCUGGACACAUGUGAAGUGACUGUGGUGGGAGACGAGCUGGACGGGGAGCACGAGGGCCUGGAGGUGGACAUGUCGCAGCUGCAGCAGCAUGGCCUGGAGAUGAGCUCCUCUAACCUGGGCCUCGUUAUCACUGGUGUGAACACUAUGGCCAACUACGAGCAAGUCCUGCAUCUUAUCCGUUACAAGAACUGGCACACUGAGGCUCUCUUUGACAGGAAAUUCAAACUGGUCUGCUCCGAACUCAACGGCCGCUACAUCAGCAACGAUUUCAAGGUCGAGGUGAAUGUAAUCCACACAGCCAAUCCUGUGGAGCAUGCCAACAACGCCAUGGUGCAGCCUAACUUCAUUAACCCCGUGCAUCAUGCCUCUGUGGAUCUGUCCGGUCACAACCUGGUCAACGCUCACCAGGCCUCAGUUGUUCCCAGCGCUGCCACCAUUGUCAUUGUGGUGUGCGUUAGCUUUCUGGUGUUCAUGAUCAUCCUGGGCGUGUUCCGCAUCCGGGCUGCACACCAGCGCACCAUGAGAGACCAGGAGAGCGGCAAAGAGAACGAGAUGGACUGGGACGACUCAGCCCUCACCAUCACCGUGAACCCCAUGGAGACAUACGAGGACCAGCACAGCAGCGAGGAGGAGGAGGAAGAGGAGGAGGAGAGCGAGGAUGGAGAGGAGGAAGACGACAUCACGAGCGCUGAGUCAGAGAGCAGCGAAGACGAGGAGGGCGGGGAGCCGGAGGACCAGCAGGGGGCCAGCAGACAGCAGCAGCUGGAGUGGGACGACUCCACCCUCACCUACUAAAACAACACACACGCACACACACACGCACACACACACACACACAAUACUCAACACAAGCUCUCUCACACACACACACACACACACACACCACCAGCUCACACUCACUCAGAUCCUCAUACUCACUGCUCCACGCACACACUCCCACCCCUCUACAGUUUCAUGUCCAAGGAGCCAUGAUGUAAAAAAAACACAAAAAAAACAAAAAAGCAAAACAAAAAUUCCCUUCCACGUAUAUUUGGUCAAGGCUUUCCUGUUGUUAUCUUAGUGGUGGUACUCAGUGUAGUGUAGUCAUCACCGGAUUGCUGAUUUUUACUGUUUAUUUUUUUAUUUAUUAUAUUUUAAUUCCCAGGAAAACUUGGCCUACAUUUGUUUUGAACUGUGUGAGAAAGCCAACCCUGCACUUUUUGUUUUCUCUCAGACGUAAAGCUUUCAGACGGAGACUUUUUCCCCCCCCUAAUGUAUAUUCUUUGCGUAAUGCUUUUUUAGAUUUGUUUGCCGCUAAUCUCACGUAUAGCUUUGACUUGAGUUUUCUUGACUUGUAGUCCACGGUGAAACGAAACAAUGCUUUUAACAAGUAGACCGCUUUUUUUUUUUUUCUUUUUCUUUUAGUGCAUGAGGAUAUUUCAGAACGUCAUGUGUAGAGAAAUAAAUUGCUUUUUAAAGAUUUUGUAAAUAUAAAGAAACCAUGUAAUUAGUUGAUGUGUUAGUGAAGGCCUACUCAACGGGGUCCAAUAUCUAAAAUGACGCAGUUCGUAAUGUAGAAUAUUUGUGUCACACAGGCUGUAGCAUGUCGCUAAAUUUCCGCAAAAGCUGUUCCAUCAUGCUUGUAAAAAAAUGUCUGCUUCAUGAUGAGAAACCCAGGACUGUUCAGCGGAGGUUUCCAUGACAAAGUGGUGUCCAUUUUGUCCGUUUUCUUUUCUUUUUUUCUUUUGCCAAGAGGAAAAUCAUUUCUUUUGCUUUCUCGUAGGCAGGACCUGUCGAUGGUUUCAGCAUCAUACAUUGCUUUGCUUGCACAGGUGGCAAUGCUCUACUCCAGGCGUCGGUGUAUUUCAUUCCCAGUAGAUCUCACUGUUGUACAGAAGGGAUUUUCUUUUUGUUCAGAGUAAUCAUACUCAGAGAAAUGCUAUCGCACUGUCCUGCUAGAUCGUUUGUGAACCCUUUAGAAUUUCUGUAUUUCUGCAAAAAUCUCAAAUGUGAUAAGAUCUUCAUUCAAGUCCUAAAAAUACACAGAGAGGACCCAGUGGUAGAAAUAACACAAAAAAACAUAACACUUUUUUCCUUUUUCAGUGAACAAAUUUAUACAGCAUUAAUUCUCCUUGUUGGAAAAAGUACACAGAUGAGCCAAAACAUUAAAAUCACUGGCCGGUGAAGUGAAUAACAGCGAUCAUUUUGUUCCAAUGCAGUGUUUUUUUGCCUUGAGGCUCACAUACUUUCCCAACAGAGAGAUGUUUGAAUCAUUUUGCCAAAUAAACAAAUACAAUUUGUUAAUUUGGAUCCUCUUUUUUUUUUAGGUUUUAGGACUUGAUGUAAGAUCUGAUCACACUUUGACUCACAUUUAUGUAGAAAUACAUACAUUUUGAAGGGUUCACAAACAUUUUAGCCGCGUUGUGCGAAGCGACAUUUCGUGUGAAACGGUACAAACACUCGGCCAGCAGGUACUGCAGUGCUGUCGAUCUUGAAAUAUGGGUACAAACAUUUCUUCCAGUAUAUUUGGACCAGAAGAGAGAUUUCCUCAGCAGCUUUAAAAGCCUUUUUGUCCAUAUCACAGUCCUGCUGUGCUGACAGAAGUGGGCAGGAAAAAAACCCUUCAAACUACUGAAAGAGCAGAUUUAUGGCAGACAGAGCUUCAGUGGAGCCUGGGUGAAUAGUGCAGUUGCUGGCAUUGUUUUAGGGAGAGAAUUGAAAUGAAAGUACUUUUCAGGAUUGCUUUGUUGCAAAUUUAUUUUCCAUGGCACGGCUAUUUAACCUGAAAUAAUAACACAUAUAUUACGUGCAUUUGAUUCCUUUUGCAAAACAUGCACUGUCUUUGUAGUUCAAAGGAAUUACAGUUAUGACUGCAUAGUUUACAAAGGAAAACACUUUCAAAAAUGAAUCUUAAAAUAAAAUAUUUUUUGCCAUAGACCACUAGAUUUUAUUGUAUAUGGAACUGUACUGUAGAGUUGUUCUAAGAUAUUUGUUUACAUUUGGUAAACUUAUUUUCCUCCCGGUAUUAGUAUAAAGCUUAUUAUACAAUUGAUUGGGAAAAUGUGUCCAAGCUCUGUCUCCUCUCAGACACUGUUGUCCAUCAUUGUUGUAUAUAUCUUUCACAAAAACCAGAUCCAAAUGUACCGUCACACUUAACUAUGUAGUGUUUGUCUCAUGUUUUUGGGUACUAAGUUAAAAUGUUUUCCCAAACCUGCUUCAGUACAAGCAGAUCAGACUCGAAGUGAACAGAACGUGGCAUUAUUGGGAUUGUAAGUGUUGGCGUUUUAAGUCUCAUAUUUUGCUCAAAAAUCUAGUUUCAGAGGCCAAAAUUGAAUUCAAAAACUUUUUUUUUUCAGAGACAGUUUCCAGGCUACUUUUUUGUUGGUUUGAGUUGUGUGUUUCUUAGCUUCAAUUAAUUUAUAAUUUUAAGAGGUCUGUGGUGGAAAUGUAGUGAACAGUCUCCCCUCCAUGAUGACUUGGACUUUUUAAAAUAAAGAAGACCAGGUCUGAGCCGGCUGAGAUGGGAGUGCCUUUUUUCCGAUCAUAGCGCAAUUAGCAGGUCUAAAAAAAAAAAAAUAAAUUGCAAAAAAAAAACAAACACUCAUCCGUGCUCUUUUAUUUGUGGCAAUUUUUGUUUGUUUCUUUGUUUAAUGCUAGAUUUCUUACAGAGCUGGGGAUUAUAAUUUGUUUCAUCACAAAAAUAGUCCACUGCUUGUUUUAUUAAAAGUGAAAAAAAAAAACCGUUUUACAUAGAUGUCAUGUGUCCAUGUUGAUGUGUAGAGGAAGUAGAUCCAUAUUGUAUCUUCUAUAGAUAUUGUACUAAAUCAUUGACGGAAUCCACCUUUAAAAAGAUGUACAGUACAUUAUGAAAUCGCUUUGGCAGCAUACAUGGGUAUACUGUUAACUGACCUAUUUGUGUAUAGUGGAAGGUAACUUUGAACAGUGUCCUAUUGCCUGAGUUGUUGAGAAAUGAUUUUGAGGGCAGCAUGAAAUUCACAAGAACCAGAGUAUAAGCCUGUCGGAGUUCUCCGCUUCAUCAAACACUAAAUGUCCACGUUUCAUCUACAGUUUUAAAGUACAAUACCAAGGGUCACCGAUACGUGCACACUGACUGAAGUCUCCACAGUGACUCCACCAUCUCCAGUUUUCUGGGUUUAAUGAUUUCUGAUCAGCCCCCCUGAGCGAAGUGUAAGUUGGUUGAACUGAAUGUCACUGCCUAACAAACUGAAACGCAGCCAUACUGUAAUAACACUAAGAUUUAAGGGGAAUUUACUUUGCAUGAACCACAAGUUUGUGUAGUUCCAUGUGGGGUUGUGAGACCGGAGUGAGAAAAGGAGACGUGACACACUACUGAUUCUCAGAUUGUCUGUUUCACACGUCCACAACACUCCAGAUAUAAAUAUUUUUUUCUUUUCUUUUCUUUUCUUUUCGAAAUGUGUUCAAAAUGGAAGGUGACGAUGUUUUCAGAACGUUUGGAUGCUUCCUUUGUGCUUGUUGGAGCUGCUCUCACUUUUCUACCAAUUGAAAGGCAAAUUGUAGUGAAGUUGAUGCUUGCUCAUAAACAAAAUAAAGGAUGAUGAGAUGGGGUAUAACUUA